AGGUCGGGUGAGAGGAGUGUUAACGAGCGGAAUAUGAUUUUUUGUAAGGCGAGUUUUGAAUUGGCAUUGGAAAGGUGAGAAGGUGAUCGUAGUUGAACAUUGGAAAAUGGUGAAUCGUCGACGCCUGACUCGGGUGGCGACGAGCGAUGACGAAGACGAAGCACCACGCCCACAGCCCACGCGCAAGAGGAUGAGGCUUCUCGAGGAAGAUAACGAUGACGAGAAUGAAGAGGAAGAAAAGGAAGAGGUACCGGAACCACCUCAACCCUUGGAGGACGCUAAGCCUAUUGGCGAGCCUGUUAGGGUUUCAGGAAAAGGAAGAGGCAGGAAAAGGCACUAUGACUCCUUUGAGUUCGAUGGCAUGCAAUAUACUCUCGAGGAUCCUGUUCUUCUUGCACCCGAGGACAAAGGCCAAAAGCCAUAUGUUGCAAUUAUUAAGGACAUUACACAGUCUAACAGUGGCAACGUGAAAGUAACGGGACAAUGGUUUUAUCGCCCAGAAGAAGCUGAGAAAAAAGGUGGUGGAAACUGGCAAUCGUGUGAUACGAGGGAGCUAUUUUAUAGUUUUCAUCGUGAUGAUGUUCCUGCGGAGUCUGUAAUGGAUAAGUGUGUGGUGCAUUUUGUUCCCAGACACAAACAGCUUCCAAAACGUAAGGAUCACCCUGGUUUUAUUGUACAGAAGGUGUAUGACACUGUGGAAAGAAAACUCUGGAGGCUGAGUGAUAAGGAUUAUGAGGAUAUUAAGCAACAAGAAAUUGAUGGCCUUGUUCAAAAGACUCUGAAACGUAUUGGUGAACUUCUUGACAUUGAGCCUAAGGAGGAAGCCCCUGAUUAUGACGAGGACCAGAUAAAAUAUAGAAGAAGCUUGAACAGAAAAAGUGUUUCACCUCCCAAUGCUUCAAAGGAAGAGGAGGAAACACCCAGGAGUGAACAACAUCCAAAAUCAGAAACACCAGUGAAUUGUGUAACAAAUAAUGCCUCAGAGUAUUAUGGCAUAUUGGUAGAAUUCAACGCGUUAACUGGAGAUAGCCAUCGUGACAAAUGGUUGGAGAGGUUGCUUCAACACAUUCAGUACAUGUGUGAUUGUAAUGAUAGCAAAGAAAGGGACAAAGGAUUGGGAAAUGGAAAUUCUGAUGAAAUCAACUGUGGAAGCAAGCAUAUAAGUUCAGAAUCACUAAAUGACUCUCAAUAUAAGUUUCAGAAGAAUUCCAAGUCUUUUAUCUGGCCAGAUGCUGCUGUUUCAGCCAUAGUUUCUCUCGAAAAGGCUUCACAUGACGCUCUCUCAUCAGAUUUUAUGAAGUACAACCAAAAGUUGCGACAAUUAGCUUUUAAUCUGCAGAAAAAUGCAGUGUUAGCAUGCCGUUUAUUAAACGGAGAGUUGGAACCUUCAAGAAUAUUAAACAUGACACCGAUUGAAUUAAAGAUGACUAAGGAAAGAUCAAUCCGCCAUAAAUAUUUGAACUAUUGGUGUAGUCUCCCUCAUGAUAUACUUAAGCUGAUUGCUGAAAAAGUGAGCUUUGUUGAUUGCUUAUCGAUGAGCAAAGUUUGUAUGAGUUGGAAUGGUAUUCUUGGAGAAGAACAUCCUAGUACACAAAGGCAUGGACUUCCUUGUCUCUUGGUUUCAGGUCGGGGGAACAAUGAGACUAAAACUUGUAUAAGUGUAUUAGAGAAUCGUGUUUGGGAGUUGAAGUUGCCAGAGUCAUGUGGAAAGUAUUGUUGGGGAUCAUUUUGUGACUGGUUGAUUAUGGUAAAUAACGUAUAUGGUAAAUACAGUCAUGAAAUUAAACUUAAAAUUAACUUAGUGAAUCCAUUUUCAGGAAGUCAAAUUAAUCUCCCUUCAUUAAAGCCCAGUUAUCACAAAAUGGUGCUCUCUGGGCUUCCCUGUGAGAAAAACUUUAUGUGCAUGGUUGUAAAGCGCGGUGUAUUUGAGUUGGCUUUAUGGUUUAAAGGAGCAAAAUUCUGGGUUCCAAUUGGAAAAAAAAAAGGUCAAUGUCAGGAUGCUGUAUUUUGUAAUGGAAGUUUUUACCUCCUUGAUGAUAGAUUAAAUGUUUGGAAAAUUGAUGUUCGAGAUAUCUAUUCUGCCUAUGAUGGAGCAUUUUCCGAAAUAAAAACAGGGUUUUAUGGAGCACCCGGGCCUGGUAUAAUGCAAAAUUUAUGGAAUGAAGAUACCAAAAAAAGUUUUACAUAUCUUGUGGAGUCUGUUGGGAAACUUUUACUUGUUCGUAGAUAUUUUAAUCUCAAACGAAAUAAAUGGAUUGAGACCAAAAAAUUUGAGGUAUAUGCCUUAGACUUUGAGACUUUAAUAUGGAAGAAGGUUGAGGAUUUAGGAGAUGAAAUGUUAUUUUUGGGAAAAAGUUAUUCGACAUCUUUCUCUGCAAAGGAACUGGGAGUUGGAAUUAGAAACAGCAUUUACUUAUGCAAUGAUCCAAUGAAUCCUUUUGCGACUGAAUGGGAUGAUAAAUGGGAUGAUGAAUGCGAUCUUAGGCAUAUAAUACCUAAAAAGACCCGUUUAAGGAAUAGUGUGAAGAAUUGGGGCAUUUUCACUUUUGGCAAUGAGAAUAAUGAUAAGCCCUUUUGCUUCCGUGGUGAUAAAAACAUGUGGACAGACACCUGGUUUACUGCUCCUUUAUGGUGGUGCUGUAGAAAUAUUCCUCCGAUACAAAGGAAGUAAAAUUUAUAUGUCUCUUGUCAAAUCUAUCAAAGUUGCAGAGAUCUUUCAUCCAUCUCUAUCAUGGAGGAUAUUUUUAUAAUUUCAAUGUCGAUCAUUUUUUUUCAUGUUUGGACUUUCAACAAUGCGUUUUAAUUUAUAUUUAUCGUAUACAC